UCGGUCUUUUAAAACGGAAUCGAAAAAGAGAACGUCGUCGUUGUCGUAUACUUGUCUAGAAAAAAAGAACUUUUUUCUUUUUGGUUUGUGCGCUCGGUUACAUAACACAGUUCUGUAGGCCAAAUGUUGGGACAAAAUUUAUAAAAGUGUCACCAUUAGACUCAACCAAAAAUAAAAAAGUAAUAAAAAUUUAUCAACAAAAGUAUUAAAACAAACGACGGAACGCACCAUUGAACAAAAAGUGUAAAAAAUCUAAGCAUUUCCACACACAAUAUCGCCCAACGUACACUCGAAGAAAAACAAAGUCCUAAACUUGUCGACGAGCCCGCAACAACAAAAACAACAACAAAAGCAAAACAACAACAACCAAAUCAAACAACAAAAAAUAGAUCAGUCAACAUGUUUUUGCAACACCACAGUUGAUUAUGAUAUUUAAAAGGACAUUGCAGCAGCAACAACAACCGCAACAAUAUUAUUAUUCAAUAAUUAAUUGUUAUACGAAUAUUUAAGAGAAAAAACAACAAAAAAACUACAAUUAAAUACCUUCCACAAAAAAAAGUAAUUAAUUAACGAUUUUUUGUAAAUCAAAAAAAAACUUUCAACUCUACGCAUCUUUGAAAACCAACAAAAAAGCAAGUUUAUUUAAAACUCCUACCCCGUUCUAAAGAAACAACAACACCAACCAACCACACACACAACAACAACACAUCGCAAAAAUGGCCGAUAAAAAGAUUGCUGAACAAUAUUAUGCGCCACCACCCAAAAUGGGCAAAUGGGAGGGCUUCAAGAAAUUUCUGUGGAACAGUGAUACUAGCCAGUGUCUGGGCCGAACAGGCGGCAGCUGGGCGAAAAUUCUGAUAUUCUAUGUUAUAUUCUAUGUGGCAUUAACUGGAUUCUUUGCUGCCAUGUUAGCUGUAUUUUAUCAAACUUUGGAAGUAGACAAACCCAAAUGGACACUGGAUAAUGGUUUAAUCGGAUCAAAUCCUGGUCUUGGUUUUCGACCAAUGCCCCCAGAGGCCAAUGUUGAAAGUACUUUAGUGUGGUAUGAAUCCUCCAGGCCUGACAACUACAAAUACUGGGUUGAGGAAACUGCCAGAUUUUUAAAAGCGGUUUCAUUUCCCUAUGAUGAUUUACCCAAAGGCAACCAAGUAAACUGCUCAUUUGAAAAUCCACCACCACCCGGCAAGGUCUGUGGCAUUGAUCGUGCUCAAUUUGCACCCUGCACUGAGGAGAACAACUUUGGCUACAAUCUUGCCAGACCCUGCGUAUUCCUCAAGUUGAACAAGAUCUACAAUUGGGUUCCUGAAAUUUACAACGACACAAAGACAGUACCCGAACACAUGCCAACUGAGUUGAAACGACACAUCACAGAAAAGAACAGUUUGAGACCACAUGAGACCAACGUUGUCUGGGUAUCCUGCGAAGGUGAAAAUCCUGCUGAUGUUGAAAAUAUUAAAGCCCGUGACUAUUAUCCACGCAUGGGUUUCCCAUGGUUCUAUUUCCCAUUCAAAAAUAUUGAAGGUUAUGUACCACCCAUUGUUGCUGUGCAAUUUACUGUCGAAACUGGUGUCUUAAUCAAUAUUGAAUGCAAAGCCUGGGCUCGUAAUAUUCAUCACGAUCGUUCAGAAAGGAGAGGAUCCGUCCACUUCGAGUUGAUGGUUGAUUAAGAACUAACACCAACAACAACAACUAAUCAAGAACAUCUGCAAUUGCUAAAGCAACAACAACUGCAUACAGAACAGCAACAACAACAGCAUAAAGAGCAUCAGCAGCAGCAGCAGAAUAGCAACAAUGAAAUAAUUAAUACUACAACAUCAACAACAGCAGCAGCAGCAGCAGCAGCAACAACAACAGCAAAUAUGGAAGGUUUUUAAGUAAUACAAAAAAAAGAGAAAAAAAUAAUGAAAACAACAAAACACAAAUAAGAAAAACAAAUUAGAACAAAAACCAACUGUAAGAAAUUAAAAAAAAAAACAAAAUGACAAAAAAUUCUAAACCCUAAACGCAAAGCAUUAUUUCAAAUCCAAAAAAAUAAUGCAACGAAAAUAAAUGGAAAAUAAAACAAAAGCAAAAAAGGAUACAGAAAAGAUUACAGCAAAAACCAAAGAUGCAAAAUAAAUAAAAAGAAAAACUACAACAACAAAAAGAAGAAAAAUUAUAACAAAAAUAAAUAAAAACCAGACCUAAAAUGAAAAAAAAAAGAAAUUAUAAAAAUAGCAAAAAAACUAAGUAAAAUCUUUAGAAACUAAUAACAAACCAAACAAAAAAAAAACAAAGUUGAAAUAAAAAAUGCUUAAUUUUUGAGACAGAUUUAAAAAAGAAAAGCAGAAGAAGAAGAAACCACAAAACAAUACAGAAAGAAGAAGAAGCAGAAGACAAAGAUUAUGUUAGGUUUUAUGAUUUUUUUCUUUGGUUUUUCCUUGUUGAGUUUUUGUUUGAAUUUAAAGAAAUGAAAGAAAAAAAAACAUAAAAACAAUAAGAACAACAAAAAAACUAAAUCCAAUCAAUCCCACUCAAGAAAAUUGGCUGAAUUUCAGAAUUCAUUUUUUUGCUAAUUAUUUUCGAAAUGGUUUUUGGUUUAAAUUCCAGUAUUAGAAAAAAAAUUGCUUACCUUCGUCAAGCUCGAGGUGAGAUUUUUUGUCACGCUUUCUUCUUGGUUAAUUAUUGUUUAUAUUUCUCCAUAACUAAUAAGUCAUGGUAGAAGAAUACAGGUAGAUGCAUCAACGCUUGGGAACGUUGAGAUGUCAAUUUUUUUUUUUUUUCAAAAAUAAGUUGAUUUGUAAAUGUUUUCUUAUACGACGCCAAUUGGUGGCAGUAAAGAUAUGCAGUUUUAGAAUUUUUUACAAAUUUGAAUAAUUUAUUAUUCAAAAAAUCCAAUUCCAAAAUUCAUUUGACAAUUCAUUGUCAUAGCAGCUGUGUCGAUACGGCUACCUGUAUUCUUCUACCAUGUAAUAAGUUAAGGGUGUUUUUUUAUUGAGGUAUAGAACUUCGAAUUGAAAUAAAACACAAGAAAAUCGUUUUAAUGUCCAUUAAUUUUGCUUUAUUGGAAGGAAAAUUGUAUGCCAUUAAUGUUUAAACAUGAUUUCGGGCAUGUUGCCGCCGCGGCUGGCUCGAAUAAAGCCAAUUCUACUUUUUCGAGCAUAUGGGGCCGUAUGUCAGCAAUAAUGCCACGAAUGUUGGCUUCCAAGUCCCCUAACGUUUCUGGUAUGUUGGCGUAGACGAGCGACUUCACAUAUGCCCAAAGAAAAUAAUCCAAUGGUCUCAAAUCACACAAUCUUGGUAGCCAAUUGACAGGUCCAUUCCGCGAAAUUAUGCGCUCAUCGAAUGUUUCCUUCAAUAAUUCGAUUGUGACGUGCGCUGUGUGGCAUUUUGCGCCGUCUUGCUGGAACCACAACAUUCAUGCCAUCGGUUAUCAUGGCUCUACACCGGUCUCCAUUAGCGGUAACUGACUCUCUAGCAUUAUUUCGGAAGAAGUAUGGCCCAAUGACUCCACCAGCCCAUAGAGCACACCAAACAGUCAGUUUUUGCGGAUGUAAUGAUUCCUCAAGGGUCUCAUGUGGAUACUCUUCACUACAAAUGCGGAAAAUUUUGCUUGUUGCCGUAGCCAUUCAAGCAAAAAUGAGCCUCACCACUGAACAAAAUUUUGUGAUGAAAAUCAGCAUUGAGAUGAAUCUCAAUUUCGGCCCAUACACCAUAAUCACGACGCAUUGCAUGGUCUCGCGGCUUUAAUUCUUACACAAGCUGGAUCUUUUAGGGUUGCAAGCCAAGAUCUUUGCACAGAACCUUCAUAAAGUUGAUGGACAAAGCUGUAAUUGCUGUGUACGGUGGCGAAUUCGGGUCCUCUACAGCGGCAAUUGUUUUUUCGGUGCACACUGUUCGACGUCUCUGCGUAUGCGUAUUAUCACAUAUAGUAAACGUAGUGCAAAAACGAUCCAUGGUUAACCGAAUUAAUUGCUCUGAUGGACGAUUAUGUCGACCAUAAAAUGGACGGAGCGGAAUUUCGCGAACUGAACCAUUACUUUCGAAAUAAAUUUGCACGAUUUGCAAGCGUUGUUAUGUUUGUCAACCUGUUCAUGAUGAAAUGGCAAUCCAAACUAAAUAUUAAUCACUUGACAGCUGACAAAAUUACCGCCAGUUAAAAAAGUGAUGCCAACUUAAAGUUCUAUACCCCAAUAAAAAAACGCCCUUUACUUGUUUAUUGACAGUUCACUUCAAGUGGCUAUUGUAUUUAAAAUCAGCGCCAUCUGUGUUUUGUAACUGUUAGCAACUUAAAACGCCGUUGUCUUUGGUUUAACGACUAAAGCCUCAUUUACACCGAUCAUAUCUUUACGAGAAGCGUUAUUUAAAUUGUUAUUACUUUUGAUCGUACAUCAAACAAAUGGGAAAUCUUGGUAAAACCCGUAAUUUAGUGUCGAUGUAAAGCAGGCUUAUGACAGCCACAUGAGGAAAUAUUCGUAAUUAAUAAGAAAGAACUCUUGACAAAAAAUCCCACUUCGAGCUGGACAAAAUGUGGCAUUUUUUUAAAAAAAAAGUUGUUUUUUGUAAAAAAAAAUAUAAAAAAUUAUAUCGAAAAUCAGCACAGCGAAAUUUUGUUGGAAAAUAAAUUUAUUAACUGUGUACUUAAAAAAACAAACACCGAAAAUGUAUGUAAAAUUGGUAUUAUUACCCCUUCCCCAAAAAACAAGCAAGCAAAACACAACUGGAUGCCCAGACUUCCCAAGGCCUCAUUUGAUUUGUAAUUUUUCCCAUAUUUUGUUUAUUUGGCAAAAUGGAAAAUCAAUGCUGUUUAGUAAUAUAGGAAACAAAAAAAACAAAAAGAAAACACAACCACAUUUUUUUGUUUGUUUAAAUUUGUUAUAAAUUUAAGCGAAAGAACAAACCCCGAAUGCCCCCCCUUCCCAGAACAACAACCCUUGAGAAGGAGAUGAACAAAACAAAAAACCUAAUUACUUAAUAACAAACAAACAAAAAAAAAGAAAACCAUAAAGAAGAAGAUUUAUAAAAUAUUGUAGAUUUUUAAAUAUUUAAAGCAUUAUUUAGGAAAUUUUCAAGUAAAUAAAUAAAUAAAAAUAAUAAUAAAAAAGAAAACCAAGCUAAGGAGUCUAGAAAAUAAUGAUGCAUUAAAAUAAAACAAAAAACUAAUCCUCUUUACUUAAAGCAAACAAAAAAAAAACAAAUAAAUAAAAAAUAAGUAAUUUAUUAUAAAACAAACAAAUAAAGAACAAAAAAAAAUAAGUUAAGUAAAGAAAACUAAAGAGUAAUUAAAAAACAGAGACAAAUAUACACACACAUCUUGAGAAACAACAAUAAAAAAGUGAAGAGUACCGUUAAAGAGAAAACCAAAAUUGAGCAUAAUUUACAAUAUAAAUGUAUAUUUAUUUAACAAAACAACAAAGGCGACAUGAAAUUAUUUCGUUGUUAAUAACAAAACUCAACUUUGUUUUUCUUCUUGUAAACAAACCAAACAACCAAAUCCAAGACAACAACCAAAACUGCAACUGUGCUUAUUAAGCUUUGGUUACACUGAACAACAACAACAAAAAAAGCAAAGAAAUUAAAAAAAAACACCCACCACUCUCUCUCAACUUACACCACACAACACUCACUCACUCACACACUCUUCUCUUUCUCUAUCUCUUCUCACAUAAAAACUGCUGUAAAACUUUAUCAAAAAAACAAAAACAAGAGUAAAGAGAACAAAACAAAAUCUUCAUUCUGUUUUUUGCAAUUCAAAAACUAUAUGUGUUCCCAAAAAACAAAAAAGAAUAAAAACAUAAUAAAAACUAUUAAAAAUGAAAAACAACAACAAAUAAAAGAAAAACCAAAAACCACCAUUUGUUUUUGUUGUGUUUGUGUUUUAUUAAAACUAAUUUCAAUUGUUUUCCAUUAAAAAUUUAGUUGUUAGUUGAACUUAGUUUCUUUCUUUCUGCGGUCCAUCUGCCCCGCCCCUCCAUUUAUGUUAAGUCUCAUUGAAAGAAAUAAAUAAAAAACAAUUCCUUCUCUCUCGCGCUCUUCUUCAUCCUUUCUUAUUUAACAAUAAUAAUAAUAACAACAAAGGAGAACAGCUAAGAGUAUUAAACCACAAGGUCAUAAAUAAAAAGCAAAAAAAAAAACUAAAUACAAAAAAAUCCUUAAUAAAUUAUUGAUUUUUUUAAAAAAAUGUACACUGCUAUAGCUAAAUGCUGAAGGGAUUUCGAUUGAGAGACAGUUCAUGGGAAAUAGGUACAAAAUUCCUAAAUGCUUUUAAACAAUUAUGUACCCUAAAAUACAACUGGAGGUGGUUAAUGUCUAGGAUAAGGAUGUUAAAUUUUCUGAGGGUUUGAAGAAUUUCCAACAUCAAGUUUUUGGGGGAAAUAUGAACUUUCAAGAGAAUUGUUGCUAUUUUGCACCGCACUCUCCCACUUUACAUCUUAAAUAGGUUAUCCAUAACCCCACUGUCUGAGGGCAGAGAAUUUUUCAUCAUAGCAAAUCGUGGUGCUCUAAGGAUGGAAAAUAUCCAAAGAGAAAUGUAAAAUUCAUAGAAAACUGGAUUUUGCUCUCCUUAUCUCUUUAACUCACGGUGUGAGAAGCCCAUGUAAUAUCAUUUUGUCAGGCUUGUCUCUUUUGAAACUCUAGUAAUGUUUAUGAAGUCCUAGAAGGAAAUCCAUGGAAAAUCGGAUAUUGCUCUCUUUAUCGCUCUCUCUUAUUUCAAGGAUGAGCAGGCCAAGUGACCUACGUAUGGAAAACCUCCAAAGAGAAAUAUAAAAUUCAUAGAAAAUUGGAUUUUGCUCUCUUUAUCUCUUUAACUCAAAAUGUGAGAAGGCCAAGGCCAUUUUGUUAUGCUUAUCUCUUUUGAAAACCUAUUAACGUUUACUGAGACCAAGGAGGAAAUCCAUCGAAAAUUGGAGAUUGCUCUCUUUGUCGCUCUCUCUUAUUUUAAGAGUGGACAGUCCAAGUGUCCUAAGGAUGGAAAAUGUCCAAAGAGAAAUAAAAAGUAAUGGAAAACUGGAUUCGGCUCUCUUUAAUUCACUGUGUGAGAAGGCCAAGUAAUAACGUUGUGUCAGGCUUGUCUCUUUUGAAACCCUAUUAACGUUUACUGAGUCCAAGGAAGAAAUCCCUAGAAAAUUGGAUAUUGCUCUCUCUUUAUCGCUCUCUCUUAUUUCAAGAGUGAGCAGGCUAAGUGAAAUCAUUUUGUGAUUUUUCUACUUAUAAAAUUGUACAAAAAUGAGAGUCUCUCAUGACAAUAGCUUUCUAAGGGAUAAGAGUUUCUUAGCUCUCUUAACAUUAUAUGGCAACCCUGAUAUGGAAAAUCUAAUGACUUUUUCUAGUCUAACUGUAUUCUUAAAAUAAUCACUUUGUAAAGAACAACAAAGAGUUACCAGUCUCCUAAAAAUUAAAGAGUAAUUCAGAUAAGAGCAGAAGUUCUUCUCUUGGAAAACUAAAUUGGUUGCUCAAUGAACUCUUCUCUUUAAAAUUUAAGGGGAGCAUACAUAAUACGUUUUUUGACACCGGCUGGCUUCUUGGAAAAAGAACAAGGGGCGUAGGUACAAAAUCGAACUAGAUCAACCUAAAACUCCUUUGUUCUUCUACGAAGAAGCCAGCCGAUGACUUAAGCCAGUCCGAGAAGCUUUUUAUGUACUCUCACCUUUAAGAAUUUUUUUUUUUGUUAUAGAAAAGUAAACGUUACUCUUUGUGAUUUACUCAUAAUUGCCGAGAUCAUUUCUUCAAGUUGAAGAUAUAGGUGUUAUAAGAUGGCCUUUUACUGGGUCUUUUACAAAAUACACAGUAAGCUUCGCAACCCAACCCUAUGGAGGAAAAAAUUUCUUUAAGAAGAUUGGAAUGCCUUCUUAUCCUUACAUUUAGGUGUUCUUGGCUACCAACUGAACAAUUCGACAUCACUGACUUCUCGUAAAACACCAGUACGCCGUUUCAUAUUCGUCAUGCUUCGUCUUUUAGGAGCAGUUGAGGUUGUCUUAAAGAAGGCCACCGGGAAUUCUCCUCAUAGCAAUUCAAGGUAUUAAGAUUCUACAACAGAGGGGCAAAAAUAGAGGAAAAUGGGGGAAUGCCUCUUUGUUACUGCAGUCCGUAAGUGUGGGCCUUAAGAGAGUAUCACAAAAUGUAAAUACAUAGAUUUUGUGUGUCAUGGAAAAAAUAUGAUUUUUAAGCCCCUAUUUAUUCUGCCAGGGCGAAAUUCUUACCCUACAAUUUUUACCAGUAUAUUUAUAAAUUAUUUUCUCUUACAAAAGAGAGAGCGAGAGAUAUCUAUAAGAUCCCAUAAAAGAACCAAGAGAUCUUGGUGUGGUAAAAAGGUUUACUUUCCGUAGAAGAUCCAAGAAUAUUCUUGCAAAGAGUUAACUUCUCUUAAAAGAUGUUAGGCUCCAUUUAAAUGAAUCCUCUCACAUACACUUUCUCUCUCCCUCUUUUAAGGGGCUAUAUCUCAAAUCGUUGGGAGAAAAUAACACAUUUCUUAGGUGCUUAUAAGUAGCGGAAUACCUCAUGUGACCUCGGCCACAAAUACAUUCUUUUACCGAUAGGUAUGCUGAGGCACGCUUGCCUACUCUGAACGUAAUUUUGUCCCAUCUAUGGUCUUAAUAGAGUACAUGCAUAGAUUUUGUGAGUAGUGGCAAAAUACAAAUUUCAAAACACAUAUAUAUUCAAAGAGGUUCCUUCUGCCAGGGCAAAAAUCUUAGCCUACAAUUUUUAUUUAUAUAUUUAUAUAAGAUAUUCUCUUUAAGAAGAGAGAGAGGAAGACAUUUCUGUGAGAUCCCAUAAAAUAACCAAGAGACCUUGUUGUGGUAAAAAAAUCCUUUCCCUUGAAGAUCCAAGAAUAUUCUGACAAAAGAGUUAACUUCUCUUAGAAGAUCUUAGGCUCCAAUUCAAAGAUGUGCAAAACUGCCCAAAAACGUACGUUCCUCUCACCUUUCGUCAGAGAUUGUUGAUGUUAAAUUCUCAGCUACGCUCAAACACUUAAUCUCAAUUUAGUUAUGCACAUCACAGACACUCAGUCUCUUUUAAGGGACUCUAUCUCAAAUUGUGGGGAGAAAAAAACAUAUUUAGCAAUGUAUUUAUAUAAGAUUUUCUCUUUAAGAAGAGAGAGACUUCUAUGAGAUCCCAUAAAAAGAACUAAGAGAUCUUGUUGUGGUAAAACAUAUACUUUCCGUAGAAAAUCCAAGAAUGGCAAAAGAGUUAACUUCUCUUAGAAGAUGUUAGGCUCCAAUUAAAUGAGUUCUCUGUCUCUUUUUAAGGGGCUAUAUCUCAAAUCGUAGGGAGAAAAUACCAUAUUUCUUAGGGGUGUAUGCAACCUCGAGCACCAAUGUUUUUUCAUACGAAAAGGUUUGCUGAGGCACGUUUGCCUACUCUGAGCGGCAUACUCCCAAUCAGACCUCUUUAAAAAUGUGUAAUCAGAGAGCAAAAAGAAAAUGGGAGAACAAAAAAUGUGCCAAUCUCCGUGCGGCUCUGUUUUAGACAUUCACCACUUCCUGCAGACGUUUUGCGAUCGAAAUUCUUUUUUUUAAACAAUUAAAGAGCUACAAAUAAAUACCCACACAUUGUGUUGUUGUAGGAAUCUAUAAACCAAAAACAAAGGCAAAUAAAGCGCAAAUAAAUUCCAAACAAAAAAACGAAACGAGUUGUAAUUGAAUGUGUUAUUCUUAAUAGAGAUGAUGUUAAAAUGGGGAAAAUAUAUAUUCAAAUAACUGCCAUUUUUUACACACAAAUAAAAAUGUAUGUAAAAACAAUUUUUAUUUUUUGAGUGUUAUGCAAAAAUAUAAUUAUUAAUUAUAAACAAAAAAAAUAAUAAUAAAAACUAAACAACAACAACAAGAAGAAGAA